AAAAAUAUUCAAGAGAUCUGCAGAUCCCAGCUCGUGGGAUGCAGCACUCUAGGAUGGGGAGGAUGCAGGGCGGAGCUCGAGGUCACGUGACUGACUAGAUCCGCCCCGCCCCCUUGCAGCUGAAGACAUCCCCUCCCGCAGUGACAGAGCCUCUGGAUCUGUGGUCGGUAGAGUUUCUGCACCUCGCGCCCCAGCAGGUUGUUGACAUUGGAAGAAGAAAAUAAACAGAAAAGGAAGGAGAAAGAAAGGGAGGAAGAAAAGGUAAAUUAACAUGAUGGAUUUCUCCAAGCUACCCAAAAUAAUCGAUGAAGAUAAAGAAAGCACAUUUGGUUAUGUUCAUGGGGUCUCAGGGCCUGUGGUUACAGCCUGUGACAUGGCAGGUGCAGCCAUGUAUGAGCUGGUAAGAGUGGGUCACAGUGAGUUGGUUGGAGAGAUUAUUCGAUUGGAAGGUGACAUGGCUACUAUUCAGGUGUAUGAAGAAACUUCUGGUGUAUCUGUUGGAGACCCUGUACUCCGAACUGGAAAACCUCUCUCCGUUGAGCUUGGUCCUGGCAUUAUGGGAGCCAUUUUUGAUGGUAUUCAAAGACCUUUGUCAGAUAUCAGCAGUCAGACCCAAAGUAUCUACAUCCCCAGAGGAGUAAAUGUGUCUGCUCUUAGCAGAGAUGUUAAAUGGGAUUUUACACCAUGCAAAAACCUACGGGUUGGUAGCCAUAUCACUGGUGGAGAUAUUUAUGCAAUUGUCAAUGAGAACUCACUCAUCAAACACAAAAUCAUGUUACCCCCACGAAACCGAGGAACUGUCACUUAUAUUGCCCCACCUGGGAAUUAUGAUACCUCUGAUGUUGUCUUGGAGCUUGAAUUUGAAGGUAUAAAGGAGAAGUUCAACAUGGUCCAGGUAUGGCCUGUUCGUCAAGUUCGUCCUGUCACUGAGAAGCUGCCAGCCAAUCAUCCUUUGCUGACUGGCCAGAGAGUCCUUGAUGCCCUUUUUCCGUGUGUACAAGGUGGAACUACUGCUAUCCCUGGAGCUUUUGGCUGUGGAAAGACAGUGAUAUCACAGUCUCUCUCCAAGUAUUCCAAUAGUGAUGUGAUCAUUUAUGUAGGAUGUGGUGAAAGAGGAAACGAGAUGUCUGAAGUCCUCCGGGACUUCCCAGAGCUCACUAUGGAAGUUGAUGGUAAGGUAGAGUCAAUCAUGAAGAGGACAGCUUUAGUAGCCAAUACCUCCAAUAUGCCUGUUGCUGCUAGAGAAGCCUCUAUUUAUACUGGCAUUACACUAUCAGAAUAUUUCCGUGACAUGGGCUACCAUGUCAGUAUGAUGGCUGACUCUACCUCGAGAUGGGCCGAGGCCCUUAGAGAAAUCUCAGGUCGCUUAGCUGAAAUGCCUGCAGAUAGUGGAUAUCCUGCAUAUCUUGGUGCACGUCUGGCUUCUUUCUAUGAGCGAGCAGGCAGAGUGAAAUGUCUUGGAAAUCCUGAAAGAGAAGGAAGUGUCAGCAUUGUAGGAGCAGUUUCUCCACCUGGUGGUGAUUUUUCUGAUCCAGUUACAUCUGCUACUCUUGGUAUUGUUCAGGUGUUUUGGGGAUUAGAUAAGAAACUAGCCCAACGUAAGCAUUUCCCCUCUGUCAACUGGCUCAUCAGCUACAGCAAGUACAUGCGUGCAUUGGACGAGUACUAUGACAAACAUUUCACAGAGUUUGUUCCUCUGAGGACCAAAGCUAAGGAAAUUCUUCAGGAAGAAGAAGACCUGGCAGAAAUUGUACAGCUUGUGGGAAAGGCCUCUUUAGCAGAAACUGAUAAAAUCACUUUGGAGGUUGCAAAGCUUAUCAAAGAUGACUUCCUACAACAAAAUGGAUAUACACCUUAUGACAGGUUCUGCCCAUUCUACAAGACAGUAGGGAUGCUGUCCAACAUGAUUGCAUUUUAUGAUAUGGCCCGUAGAGCUGUUGAAACCACUGCCCAGAGUAAGGAAAUUAUCACACAUUCUGAAAAUUAUUUUCCAAAGGUAAAUUGAAUUUUUAAUGUCUUUUUUCAGGAUCCAGUGAAAGAUGGUGAAGCAAAGAUCAAGGGUGACUAUGCACAACUUCUUGAAGAUAUGCAGAAUGCAUUCCGAAGCUUGGAAGAUUAGAAUUGUGAUUCCUUUCCUCCUAUUCCUCAGCAAGCUCAUAUGUGUAUAUUUUCUUGAAUUUCUCAUCUCAAACCCUUUGCUUCUUUAUUGUGAAGCUUUGAGACUAGUGCCUAUGUGUGUUUUCUUUUGUUUUGCUGUUUAUUUGGUAGGUCUUAUACAAAACAUUCCUUUCCUCCAGUGUUUGAAGGGCCUCCCUGAUACUUUAUCUGAAGUGGUGAAUGUAAUAAAUAUGAUAUACAAUGGCUACACUACUAUAAACCUGUAUGUAGGGCGAACUCCCUCCUUGUACUAGGUUUGCCCAUUCCUCAUCUCCAUUAAAUUGUAAACAGGACUCACUGCAUAUACUCUCUUUGAGUAGAUUUAGAAUGAAAGGCCAUAUUUUUAAACCUUUUGACAGGUACUUUGUGAAAUGACUUACUAUCUAUGUGGUCCACUUGCAGCUUAGCUUUUUACUAAGUAACUACUUUGCAGGAAAUGUUUUACUUUUAAAAAACUUUGAUGGUUAAUGUUCCAAUUAUGCAUUUCUUUCCCAGUAUAAAUCAGGAAUAUUUAUGGGAAGCUAUUGGGAACUACAUUGUUUUUAAAAAGAUAUUCAUGGAGCUCAGCAUAAUAUAUGAAUCAGUACCCUCUCAAAGCAUGAAAAAAAAGACAGGUGGUCAAACUUAGCUAACAUCAUCUUGUUAAACCAUACUUUAUUUAGCUAGGAAAAAUUCAGUAUCAAGGACUAUUAUAUACUAUAUUAAAUUACACUAAAACAAUCAUCGAAAACUUGAUCUAUAUUACAUACUUAUUUUCCUCAAACAUCUUGGAAGCCUAAGUCUUUAAGAAUCAUGUGGCAAUGGAUGAUAAGUAAAGUGCCACAGAUAAGAUACUUAGUAGUGGUUAAAGGCUGUUUGCCCCUUUAAGAACCAGCUGAGCUGUAGUGAUUCUUGGGGCCAGAGUGACAUUAUGUUUUUACAAAGUAAUAACAUGUCACACGCUUGCAUGUUUAUUUGCUUGUUGAAUUUUUGAACAACCAGUUUACCAAUUGUAGAGAAUAUUGCUUUCGUGGGUUUUUUUUCUGACUUGGAGUUUCUCAGAAUAUCUAUGGCCAUAGUAGUGUGACAGUUUCCAUUCUGUUUAAUAGGGAUGAAGUUAAUUCUUUUAUCUGCUGGUAACAGAAUCUGAGUCAUGUGAAAAAAAAGAUCAUUUCAUCCUAUCUUUUAAGAAUAUGUCUAAAAAUAAUAAAUCUCUGUGUUCGUAUACUAAGGCACGCUGCAGAACAGCACUGAGAGCAAGUUUCCCAUUUACUCUUUCUGACCAAUAGAGGUGGCACCAUUGCUUCCUUUUUGGGAAAAGGAAAGGGUGUACAUGAGCAUAUCUGAUGAUUUGAUACACAGUGUAAUAGCACAAAUAAAGUAUUUAUUUUAUGCUUCAGUAUGUUAUUUAAUUUUUCGAUAAUGCAUUUCUUUUGGUCUAUUAAAGAAAGAUGUGUUCAGUAGUGAAUUCAGGUAUAGUUUUGUGUAAAUCUUUGAAGAUUGCAUAUUUUCCAGUAGCCUGCUAUUCAGGAAAGAUAUUCUUCCAUAGAACUCUUUUUUUUAACCCUUCAGAAUAUUGACAGAUAAGAAUUAUGCAAUGAUUUGUUGAGAUGUGGACUUAAUGGUGCUGCUUAAUCAGUUUGCUUCCAAUGUAGGAGACUUCCUACCCACAGGUCCUAAGACUAGUGAAAAUUAAAAGGAUUUCAAAAACUUCUGUUAAAUCUACCAGCAAGCUAGGAUUGUGAUCAUAAUGAAUGACAUGAAGAAACUAAUUGACCAAGUAUGUUUUCUGUUGUACUGAAUUUGAAACAUGCAUUCUUCCUCCUUUUAAGAAUGUUGAUAUAUGAAUGUGAAGAUGAUUGAGAAACUAUGCUCAGAUAUUCAUUGUAAGUGUCCCUUCACAUAUAUGUUGUAGAAUUCCAAAUGAGUCACUGAUAGUAUUUCUUUAGUAAGGCUGUGUUAAAAUUACAGCAAUCUUUUAAAAAGAUUAUGCAGUUCUAUAUUUAUUGUGUUGUACCUCGUCCUAAGUGCAGCCAGUGAAACAAGUUUCAUAUGUAUUUUUCCAGUGUUAAAUCUCACACACUGUACCCUUUGGAAAUUUCCAUCUAUCCUAAAGAAUGAAUAGAAGAGGCCAUAUAUAUUGCCUUCUUAUCCUUGAGAUUUCACUAUCUUUAUGUUAAAAGUUAUGUAUAAUUAUUAAAAUCUAUGAAAGAAUAAAAUGGAUUUAAAUUA